AUGGAUCAGUAUUUUACCUACGAAGCACGGCUCGCGUCCUUCCAGAAGAGUUCGAAAAAGAGAGCAUCGACCGCCGGCGGACGCAGCAAAGUUCUAAACUGGCCACAUAAACAAAUCCCCCCCGCGAGCUUGGCCAAAGCGGGAUUUUAUUUCGAGCCCUACCCUGAAAAUCCGGACAAUUGCAUAUGCUUCCUAUGCGGCAAGGGUUUGGAUGGGUGGGAAACGGGCGACGACCCUUUGGAGGAGCACCUUCGGCAUGCCCCUCGCUGCGGCUGGGCCAUAGCAGCUGCUAUAGAAGCCGAUAUUGACGAAUACGCCAAACAAGAUCCAAGUCUGCCCGACAUGGUCGAUGCUCGAAGAGCAACCUUUGCUGGCAGGUGGCCGCACGAUGGCAAGAAAGGUUGGAAAUGCCAAACCAAGCAGCUUGUUGAAGCUGGGUGGAAAUAUACACCCACCGACGAGUCUGACGAUAUGGCUACCUGCGCAUACUGCCAACUUGCUUUGGAUGGAUGGGAACCCGGCGACAAGCCUUACGAUGAGCAUAUUAAUCGAUCCCCAAACUGCGCCUUUUUCGCCCUUCUCAACCAUUUUGGUGGCGGCAACAAGAAGAAAACGACGCGCACCAAGGCUGCGCGAGCAUCGAAAGCCUCUCGACUCUCUGCGCAGUCCGUUGCUACGGCAGCUUCGGACAUUGCGUCAGUUGCCGACAUGACAGCAGAGCCCGACGAUAGCGUUCUUACAGCUGCGUCGACCAUGACGCAGGGUGCAAAGAAGGGCACAGAAAGGGGGAAAAAGGCUACAGCCAGAAAAGCUGCCAAGCCAAGGCCCAAAAAACCACAGGCAAUCGACGAAGAUGGAGCGCACAGUAUGGCGAAGGAAGAAGUAGCAGCAGAGCCUAAAUCAACGAAACCACCGCGUGGGAAGAAGCGCGCCAGCGAUGCCAUGGAUGACUCUGCCGUGUUGCUGUCUGAAGGUCCAUCUACUAAGAGGCAAGCUACUGCCACCCGCGACAGCUCACAUGCCGACCGCUCCACCGUCACCCCUCAAGACAUCGAAUUGACCAAUACGUCAAAGGCCACUGCCCGCAUAAGGAGCUCUAGCUCCCAACCUAACCGCAAGGGUUCAUCGUUGACAGCAUCCAUGGCCUCACUCAGAGCACCAGCCACAGAUUUCCCCGAUGAUGACGAGAUUGAGCGUCAGCUCGAAGCCGAUUUGGAAAGGUUCACCACCGAUGACGAAAUUGCUCGUGAUUCAGAGACGGAGCAGCCCAUGGAAAAGCCUGGCAUGGUCAGAGCGAAGCCCAUGACUUUUGACUCUCGGAAUUAUGCCAUGUUUGAUCCGGCAGAACCAGACUUGGACGAGGAGGCCAUAGAUGACGAGCUUCGAAAUCUGCAGGCAGAAAUGGAAGUUGCUGAGCCAGAACAAGAGAUUCACGUUCCGAAGAAGGGUCGCAAAAAGGGUACAGGAGCGCGUAAAGCUUCCAAACAGGCAAACACGACGAGAAUCAAGGCUCCUUCCCCACCAUGCGAGCCUGAGGACCUUGAACAACCUGGACCGUGUGCCCACGAAGCUUCAGGAGCAGGCAAAGAGGAGGAAAACGAGAUGAGCGUCGGCAGCACAGACACGGUGGUGAAAAAGACGGAGACGGCGCCUUCUUGCGAAGAAGAGGGACGGCGCAGACAACCGACCGGGUCACCACCAUUGGCUUCAAGGGCUAGCUCUCAGCCUGCAGACGCACCUCUGAAACGUGGUCGUGGCCGACCACCGAAGAUGGCUGCUAACAAAGUCGAAUCAGAUAAGCCCCCAGAGCUACGUGAAGAUGCAUGCGACAGCCUGCAAGUCGCAAUCCAUGAGGAUGUCGCAGAAGCCCAGGCUGCCGAAGUGGCGACGGAGCCCAGACAGUCUCCAUCUCUGGGGCAAACUUCCUCCCCGAUCCUUUCUAGGUCUAGGUCGGUGGUGCCGGAGCAGCCGUCGACGCCGACUCAAGUCAUAUCGCCAGCGCCGUCGGCCCGCCUGGCAUCUCAGUCUCCGUCCCCGUCGCCGCAGUCGUCGGAUGCCGAAAACCUGCCUCCAUCCUCUGUCGUGCUGGCCAGCGCCAGGCCGAAGCGGGUCGUUCUCGCACCAGUGGCGGCGACGCCAAUGCGAACGUCCCCCUCGAAGCGCAACAUGCUUGCUGCUGGGUUACAAAGCCAAACGCCAUGGAAGGCUGUUGACCUGGACGCCGUCCUGGGCACGCCACACGACAUGGCGGACAAGGAAAAUGCAGUCGCGCGACUUAUCAAGCAGGGCAAGGAGCUGAGCAGUCCAGAGAAGGGCAUGACGGUGGAGGAGUGGAUUUAUUUCAAUGCCGGUGAGGCUGAGAAUAAGCUCAAGCACGAAUGCGAGGCCAUGGUGACCCUGUUCGAGGAGCAAGGCGCCAAGGCUAUGAGCGCGUUGGAAGGGCUAUCACUGGAGUGA